AUGGCGGAAAUGACCGAACUAUAUGGGACCAUAUCUCACCUAGAACUCCAACACAAGAGAUUGCAACUGGUCAACACGUACGGACAACUGAUGGAAGCAAAGCGACAACUGACAGUACUCCUCAUACGGCGACAUUUCCACUCUCUACAAUACCCCAAGAAUUUCUACUACACCCACGCGAAUAAGGGGGGGAAAUACCUUGCCCAUCUAUUGAAGGGCAAUACACCACGCACGCAAGUAAAAAAGUUGCGCACUACAAAGGGGAGCUUGACGGUUUUCCUAGAGGAGAUUGCCUCCGAAUUCCGAAAUUAUUAUAACACCCUAUAUAGCCUCCCAGCACAGGAGGAGCCUCCCCUGGGCGUGGAUAACCCCACGCCCAUCCAGGCCAAUAUCUGA